GUUGUCUUUGUCAGCUGGUGUAAAAGCUUCUGGGACUGUGGACUUGUGGCACUAGAUGAUGUGUCAUUGAGCCUGGGAAGCUGCCAUGAUCCAUUGCUGCCCAAUCCUGGAGAGUGUACUUUUGAAAAAGAUGAGUGUGUGUUUACCCAGAAGAAGAGAGGUCGUGGGAGUUGGCACAGGAAGAGGGGUCCAACUCCCACUUCUUACACUGGACCAAAAGGAGACCACACUACUGGGGUAGGAUACUACAUGUAUAUAGAGGCAUCCAACAUGGUCUAUGGACAGAGAGCAUACCUAGUUUCAAGAUCACUAAGAGGAACCUCUGGAAAACAGUGCUUGACAUUUUUCUAUCACAUGUAUGGAGCUGGGACUGGAUUAUUAAGUGUUUAUCUAAAAAAGGAAGGUGAUGAUGAAGAGAUUCCGUUGUGGAGGAGGACAGGAGAACAAAGCAUCUCAUGGCUAAGGGGACUGAUAGAAUAUGAGAGUGAUAGAAACUACCAGAUUAUUUUUGAGGCGAUCCGCGGUGUGUCAAUGAGAAGUGACACUGCUAUUGAUGAUAUUCUGUUCCAGGCAGGACCCUGUCUAGAAGUGGAAGAAAUUCAAUUCUCAUCAGGCUAUCCUGACAGCUUAAACGAAAUUGAGUAUUAAAUACAGUCUGCUGAAAGGAAUGAAGUGCGUAGAAGAUUUGUAAGAAACUGCACAAACUGCCUAUUUUAAAAUAUGUUUUAAGUAAAUACAGGACUGGUUUGAAUAUGCACCGACAUAUAGGAAAAACUCAGCGCACUCAUGUUCCUUGCCUUUGCAAUGAAAUUAUUGACUCAGGGCUUCUUGACUGUUUUUUUAAAAUAUUUUUUCUCUUUUGCAUGAGGUAUCAGUUAUUGUAUAAAGUCCUCCCAUGUUGCACAGAUCAUUCAUUUUAAUGCUUUAUAUUUUUUUUAAUCUUUCUGGUAUAUAGGUAAAAAGAGGAAAGUAAAGGUGCACAAUUAAAAUCCAAUAUUGUGUUAUCUUAAAUCUGCAUUCAGUGAAUGUUUUGUGUUGGGUACAGAAUGGAUUUUUGUUAAGGAAUUAUGUAUACUUUUAAAUAAUAAAGAAAAUAGUAUUAGCUACUAGUA